GUCACCGGUCCCCCCGGUGGCCCCCCCCCGGCCAUCCCGGGAGGAGGGGCCGCUGGGGCGUCCCCGCCGAGCGCAGGGCCUGGGCCGGCGCUCCGAGCCCGCCCGCCUUCCGCGCCGGAACGGCUCCGCCGAGGCGGGAGGCCCGGCUCGCUGCGCAGAAACGGGCGGUAACGGGGGAGCGGGACACCCCCGCGGUGCAGAACGGGGAGGAGCCCGUUUCCCAGGUUACAGGUACCGCGCAGCCUCGUGCCGCUUCUGACCGAGCCGCUGCCGGCGGGGACCCCCCGCGCCGAGGCCGGCCGGGGCAGCGUGCAGGCCCCGGGACACAAGUGCCGUGGCAGUGCUCAAGGAAGGAUGCCUUAAGAAAACAACUAUGGAUAAAUACAUUAAAGUGCGAAAGAUUGGAGAAGGCUCCUUUGGGAAAGCAAUUCUUGUCAAAGCUAAAGAAGAUGACCAACAGUAUGUUAUUAAAGAAAUAAAUAUCUCUAAGAUGUCAAAUAAAGAGAGAGAAGAAUCAAGGAGAGAAGUUGCUGUAUUGGCUAACAUGAAACACCCAAAUAUUGUUCUGUAUAGGGAAUCAUUUGAAGAAAAUGGUUGUCUCUACAUAGUGAUGGAUUACUGUGAAGGAGGAGACUUAUUUAAAAAAAUAAAUGCCCAGAAAGGAAUCUUAUUCUCUGAAGAUCAGAUUCUGGAUUGGUUUGUACAAAUCUGUUUAGCACUAAAACACAUACAUGAUAGAAAAAUCCUGCAUCGGGACAUCAAGUCACAGAAUAUAUUUUUGACGAAGGAUGGAACAAUACAGCUGGGAGAUUUUGGAAUUGCCAGAGUUCUUAACAGUACUGCUGAGUUGGCUCGCACUUGCAUAGGGACACCGUACUAUUUGUCACCUGAAAUAUGUCAGAACAAACCUUACAACAAUAAAAGUGAUAUCUGGGCCCUUGGCUGUGUUCUCUAUGAAAUGUGCACGCUUAAACAUGCCUUUGAAGCUGGUAACAUGAAGAACUUGGUACUGAAGAUAAUCUCUGGACCUUUUCCUCCCGUUUCUAUGCAUUACUCCUAUGACCUACGUAAUCUUUUAUCACAGUUAUUUAAAAGGAAUCCUAGGAAUAGACCAUCGGUAAACUCCAUAUUGGAGAAAAACUUUAUAGCCAAACGGGUUGAAAAAUUUCUCACACCACAGCUUAUUGCAGAAGAAUUCAAUCACAAAAUCUUCCAGAAGAUUGGAUCACAUGCUGCACCAGCUAAAAGACCAGCUCAAGAACAAAUACUGACUUCAGUUGCACCAGCUCAGAAAAUUACCAAACCUGCUGCAAAAUAUGGAGUGCCUUUAGUGAACAGGAAGUCUUGUGAUGCAUCUAAAAAGCCAAGUGAGAAGAAGCUCUUGGCUAAAUCUAGACAGGCCUUUGCAACUCCAAGGAAGAAAAUGAAUCCAGGAGAAGAAAGGAGGAAAAUGUUUGAGGAACCUUCAAAAAAGAAAAGGUUAGAAUUGCCUGAAAAAGAAAAACGUCAGAGAGAUCAGAUCAGUUUACUGAAGGCAGAUGAAAUGAGAAGAUCUGAAAAAGAAAGGAUGGAACGAAUAAACAGAGCCAGGGAACAAGGAUGGAGGAAUGUGCUUGGUUCAGGUGGAAGUGGUGAUGUUAAGGUUGGCAGCAGAUGCAGAAAUCUGGCACUAUAUUAUGGCGGUGGAGGUGGUGUUGGUCCUUCUGUGUCUUCCAGAGGACAGUAUGAACACUAUCAUGCCAUUUUUAACCAGAUGCAACAGCAAAAGGAAAACAUUAGAGUAGCUGAAGAGAGGGAAGCCAAAUGGAGGAUGAAAGUACAAAGCCGAGAAGUUGUUGAAAGAGGAAUUCCACCUGGAAUACGUCCAGGAGUUCCUAAGGGACCUGCAGGUCAUCACCAUUUACCUGAUGCUGGUGCAGUUAGGAAAAAAAUGAAAAGAUUGAAGGAGGUGUCUAAACAAGCCAGUGCAACCAGGCAAAAAGGAUGGAUAUCUGCAGAGAGAGCAAAGCAAGUUGAAGAAUUCUGGCAACGAAAGAGAGAAGCCAUGGAAAACAAGGCUCGAGCUGAGGGACACAUGGGUACACUGCAAAACGCAGCAGAUACCUAUGGAGGCAGGCCCAUUUCUGCAAGAGGAAGGAAAUCCAGAAACAAGGAGGAAGAGGAAUAUUUGGCAAGAUUAAGACAGAUCCGGCUACAGAAUUUUAAUGAACGUCAACAGAUUAGAGCAAAACUUCGUGGAGAAAAGAAUGAAGCUGCCAGUUCUGAUGGACAAGAAUCAAGUGAGGAAGCUGAACUGAAACGCAAAAAGAUCGAAGUCCAGAAGGCCCAAGUAAAUGCUCGAGCUGCAGUUCUGAAAGAACAGUUAGAGAGGAAGAGAAGGGAAGCAUAUGAAAGAGAGAAAAAAGCCUGGGAAGAACAUCUGGUAGCAAAAGGGGUAAAGAAUCCUAAUGUGCCUUUUCACGUGGGAGCUUCAGAGCACAGUCCUUUGCAUGGACUACAAGAGCUUGGAGCAGAUCUUCCUAAGCAUCAGCUUCCAGUGAAGCCUGGUACACCAGUCAUCUCCAUGACUUCUGCUUUGAAGGAAGUGGGUGUGGAUGAACAUGUGACUGCUAUCCAGGAAACAGAGGAAGAAAUUAAAAAAACAGAUUUUGCAAUGCAAAAUAAACGAGAAAUACUGAGAAGAUUAAAUCAAAAUCUUAAAGCACAAGAAGAUGAGAAAGGAAAAAAGGAGUGUAAAAAUAUCUCUGAGUCAGUUGGGGCUGAAGAUGGUAAGGAGCAACAAAAAGGUGACCAUCCCCUUUUAGAUCGCAAAAAAUGGGAAUCUGGGGCAUCUGAGCUGGUAGUUCCUCUAGCUCAGUUAUCAAUGGAAGAUUCUCUCUCCACAACAGAUGCAGGUCAAACUCUGGGUGAAGUAAUUAGGUUAGAUAAUAGUGAACCCCACAGGAAAGUCUGGGGCAAAAGCCCUACUGAUUCAGUCCUGAAGAUCUUAGGAGAAGCAGAGUUGCAGCUGCAAACAGACUUACUGGAGGAACUAGAUGUAAUAAAUGGUACUGCAGAGCUCCUUGAAGGAGAUCAUCGGUCCUUAGCUGUAAAAGAGGAGAAGGAAGAAAAAGCUUUUCCUACUAUUGGAGCCAAGUCUUCAGUACUGGUUAGUGCAACUGAGUCUGACACGACUGUACCAGAAGAAUCACAGAAAGCUGGACCUACUGAGGUGGAGAGCAAACCUGUUACACUGGAUGAGCUUGAUGAUUUAGAAGAAGAGGUGUUAGAAGAAACAGAAGAUACGAAGCACCAGAGUAAGGAGAGUAAGGAAUUUCCCAUCACUGUUAAUGAAGUAUGGGUAAAAGAGAAAGAGGAUAAGGCACAACAUGACAGCAGAAAUGAGGUAGCUUCUCAGAAACUACUGCUUGACAAGGGGCAACUGCAAAAGGAACCCACAGAAGAAACUUGUUCUGGUGACUCUCUGCAACCUGAACCCUUAUUCCAGAGGGUAACACAGCCCACGGUUGUACCAACUGCCUCACCAGUUCUGUCAGCUCAGUCUUCACAGGAAGAGCCUUUUGUACCUCGUUCACGUUCCAUAUCACCAGCAAAAAAUAAAGGCAAAAGUUCAUUGUUGAUUGGACUUUCUACAGGGCUUUUUGAUGCAAACGACCCAAAGAUGCUGAGGACAUGUUCACUCCCAGAUCUUUACAAACUGUACAGAACUUUGGUUGAUGUUCCCAGUGUAGCAGAUGUACAGCAUCAGCAUAAUCUUGAAACAGAUGAUACAGAAGAUGAGCAAGCCAAAGAAGGACCCUCUGAUUCUGAGGAUAUUAUGUUUGCAGAGGCAGAUACAGAUUUGCAGGAACUACGGGCCUCAAUGGAACAACUGCUUAGGGAGCAGCCUAGUGAGGAAUUCAGUGAAGAGGAGGAGUCUACUUUAAAAGCUAAUGUCGUCAAAUGCAUAACAAAUGGUACAGAGCUGGAUGAAGGAGAUGAAAAUAACCCCAGCAGUGAAAGUGCACUUAAUGAAGAAUGGCAGUCAGAUAAUAGUGAUGGAGAGAUUGCCAGUGAGUGUGAAGAAUGUGACAGUAUCUUCAGCCAUUUGGAGGAGCUGAGAUAUAACCUGGAGCAGGAAAUAGGCUUUGAUAAAUUCAUUGAAGUUUAUGAGAAAAUAAAGGCUAUACAUGAAGAUGAAGAUGAAAACAUUGAUAUUUGUUCAACCAUAGUUCAGACUAUUCUUGGAAAUGAACACAAACACCUGUAUGCCAAAAUACUUCACCUGGUGAUGGCAGACGGAGCCUACCAAGAAGAUAAUGAUGAAUAAACCUGACUCAGGAAAUUCAUUAAUGCUGUACUACAUACCAGUGUUUGAAGUCUGCACAGCUGAAUAGCAAAUUGUAGCAGAGAAUGUAAUAUGGGGCAGGAGAAGCAAAACUUCAAAAAAGAAUGUUGAUUGUAUGAAAAAGAGGAGGAACAUGCCUUUUAAAACUGAGAUACACUUCUCUUGUUUGUGUACUUGUGUAUGUGUUCAUUAAAUAUUACGUGCCCAAAGUAAAAACCCAAACAAACAACAAACAAAAUAAAACAACCUCCAAAACCUGUAAUCUCUCAAACUCCAAAAUAAAUAUAGAAAGGAAUACUUGUAGAUGUUCUGAUACAAAACUGAGACCUAUAAUACCAAACAGAAUUUCUGUCAUAACAGCAGUUGGCUGGUGUGGAUGAGCAAUUGGAAGCAUUACUUUGUUGUGGAAGAACCCACAUAUAGCUAUUCACUUACAUACUUAAAAUAGCCUCUCUUUACAUAAAGACAUUACUUCAUUUUUAUUGACCCUCAUUGUUAUAUUUUAAUAGCAUCUUAAUCUAGUGGCCCAAUUUGAGUAUUUUAACUUUUUUCUUAAUUUAAAAAAAACUGUUUUAAAGUUCAAGGCUACUGUCACUUUUGUACCAGUGUCAUCUGAAAUAUCUUAGUGGUGUUUCUAAAUUAGGGAAAACUGGUACUGCAGUCAUCAAUGAAAUGUCUGGAAUUUUUUGAGACUGUAAAAUUAAUUUGGAGGUAGAAUACUUUUUUCAAAUAUUUUUUCCUCUUCCUCAACCCCUUCCCAAGAUCACAAGUGUUUAGUUCUUUUGUAUUUUGUAAUCUGGUCAAUGAUAAUAUGGUAAGUAUACUGUUGAAUUGAAAGGAAUGGUUUUUUUCCAGGUUGUCCUUAAAUUCUUAGUGUUAUGCUCAUGGCUCCAGCAGCCACGGGGGAAAAUGAAAUAUUGCAGGCACAAGUGCUAUGUAAUACUUCUCAUCUUUUGUCUCAUAUUUUGUAGCUUUAUUUCCACCUCCCUGAAAGAAAAAACAGGUUUCUCCUGACCUGCGUUCCCUUUUUCCUCCUGUCAAAGUAGUACUAUACAGCACAGACAUUAGGUGUGCUGCUCUUUUCCAGUCUUCAUUUCUGGAACACAUUUAUUGGCUUACCUACACAGUAAGUCUCUUCUUAGAAAUCUAAUGAACUGUCAAACUUUGAGCUGCCCUACUGGAAAUUUAUUUAUUUUUUUUUUUUCAGCUACAGCCAGUCACAAUCUAAAACUGUCAGAAUGUUAUUUUGCCACAAAGUAAAAUCAAGUAUACAUCUAUAUCUUAUUUAGAACUAUGAAAAUAUGUACAUGAUUUUUGUAUAAAUGUUUUAUGGUGGUGUUAUUAAAAUUUUGCCCACUGGAAAGUGUUAUUUUUUUUUAUUACAUCCAGUUAUUAAAGAUAGAUUAAACUUACUUUAUUUCAGCUAUAUCUUGGGAACCUGUGAUGAGAAUAAAAUUAAUAAUCAUAAAUGCCUUUAAUAUAUUAAAUUUUGUAUAUCCUUGUUUACUUGAUAAAUGCCUCUUGCUUGAUCUGAUGAGAAAGUUAUGGACAUUGUUGGAAACAGUGCUGUUUCUGUCCUAUGCUGCUUCUCUUUUUCUUUUUUUUUCCCACCAUAAUUUUUGAGGCUUUUCACUAGGCUUCUUUUUCCAUUCCACUUAACCACUGCUCAAUAAUAUGAUCCUCAUAAGAGAUGAUACAUCAUCCAUGAAAUUUAGCAAAUACACUAUAAAGACCUGAAGAAAGAAUCAAUCUGCAUUAUUUUCCUUUUUCAGGUUUGCUUUUCGAAUCACACCUUGCUCACAUUUUGGGGGAAGGGAAAUUGGUUGAGCAUUUGAUUUGCAUUCAUAGUACAUGCACUGUAACAAAUUUUCUUUUAUAAUCCUAGUAGCAAAUUGAGAUGGUAUUUUUGGAACAAAACAUACUCUGUAAACUUAUUUCACAUUAUAUCCGUGUCCUCAGUCUUUCCUCUUAACCCCUGAAGCCAACUAUAGUUCAGAUGAGGAAUCUUCAACCAGCUAACCAACUACAAACAAAAAAUCCACCUGUACACCCUUCCCAAAACCUGCCAAGAACACCAGCCCCGUAACCCAAACCCAUAAUGUUCUAUUGUGCUACCUGCAGAUAUGUCUGUAAUCCACAGAACUGGACUCUCCUGGCUAACUGUGCUAUUCAUAGCUCUCCUGAUACCUUGAUGCCUCCUGGCCUCUGGCAGGAGUAAGAUGGAGUCUUGGCUGUUACCUGGCUUUGUUUUCAGCUGAAUAGGUACAGUAAUCCUACCUCCAGUAUUUGGUGCCUGAAAUAUUUUUUGAAGAACAGAGUCUGAAGAGGCUGUUUCUCUUCCAUUUGCUGAACUUUGAGUGCAUAUUUGACCUUGCCACUAGAAGGUAUUUCAGGACAAUUUGUUACCUGGUUGGGCAAGGUGGACCAAAACAGAUCACAAAGGUGUCUGGGGUCUGGUAAGUGAAUGGGUGAUUGAAACAGAGUUCCAGUGUACCAUAUUCCUGACAAGCGUCUCUGUGUUCUUGUGACAUCUACAUCAUUUGUCAAUAAUUCUCAUUUCAGCUUUUAGUGCUACAUCUCCAUCUUGAUCUGAUUUGCAAAUAAAUCCUUUAUAUUUAUUCACA